AUGGCAGUUUCAUCGCUCACAUUGAGCUUCGCCUCAACAGCCUUAACGAACAGGCUAUACGUGCGUGAUUCAACAAGCACCGCAUUGACUUCACGGCGUAUUAUUGCGUGCUCAAGCAAUACGUCUUCUGACGAAGCAGAAGGAAAAUGUAAAAGGAGGACAAUUGCGAUUGGAAUAGGAGCCCUGUCGUUGAAUUUGUUCCCAGCACGUCCGCUUUUGGCAGAAGGAAUACCAGAGAACUAUGUAGCCUUUGUUGACAAAAUAGAUGGCUAUUCAUACUAUUAUCCCUCGGAUUGGAGAGAAUUUGACUUCAGAGGUCAUGAUUCUGCAUUUAAAGACAGAUAUCUCCAACUGCAAAAUGUUAGAUUGAGUUUUAUACCAACAGAUAAAACAGAUAUCCAUGAUUUGGGUCCAAUGGAAGAGGUUGUCUUAAAUCUUGUAAGAAAUGUUUUCUCGGCACCAACUCAGGUAGACAAUAUAGUGGAUAUGCAAGAGAGAACAAUUGAUGGUAGAACCUAUUGCACCUUUGAAUACAUACUUACAUCUCCAAAUUUUUCUCGAGCAGCUUUCGCAACAAUAGCAAUUGGGAAUGGAAGAUACUAUACUUUGAUUGUUGGAGCAAACGAAAGACGAUGGAGAAGAGUCAGGAACAAACUUAAAGUGGUGGCUGAUUCUUUCAAGGUUCUGGACAUUUAA